CAAGAGCACACGUUGAUAUAUUUUCAUACUAUGGAUGAAUAUAAAGUUUAUAUAAAUGGCUCGAUUUUUUCUUAGUUGUGUUUCGUGUAUUUUGAUGUGAGAGAAUUAUCAGCUUAAUCAGACCUAACAGAAAAGCUUUGAUAGUUCCAUGGAAAGCAUUUAUUUGGCAACCGGUUAGGUUUUUUUAUUAAAAAUGAACAUUCAUAUAUUUAUUGUAACUCUUUACACAAAACUUUCACUUCUCAGUGGUUUAACUAAAGGACAAAUGUUUGAAAUAGAAAAUGGCAAAAUAAAUACCACAAAUCCGUCCGUUUGGGUACACGAUGUAAGUUUAGGUGGUUGCUUGGAUGAAUGUAAAUUUCGCUCAUCUUGCGCGGCCUUGAGUUACCACCAAUUCGUAAACCUAUGCCAACUGGACCUAACGCCUAGUCCUGAAGUUGUACCAACCAAAGAAAGAGGUUUACUCUGUUGGAUAAAAACAACACAAGAGGACCAUGUGGAGUGCGGCCAACACUCGUGUAAGAUUGGUUUUGUAUGCAAUAUUCGGCAGAAAACAUGUGAAAGAAAAGAAUGCUCCCCUUUGUCAAUUCCCAGUAACACUAUCAUCCUCGGUAACGUGAACGCAGUCGGGGCCAAGAUAAAGAUGCGAUGUAAGGAAGGAUAUUUUGCAACAGGACCGGAAACCAUCACAUUAACGUGUGGGGUAAAUGGAGCUUGGAGUCCACAACCUUUAAUUUGCAAGACAGAGGUUGGAAAAUCGUGUUCAAGUGUCACCGAUUGUCCUAACAACGGAUAUUGUUCUUCAAACACCUGCAAAUGUGCAUCCGGUUUUGUACAGGAUGGAAAACUCUGCAAAGCAACGGUUGGAUUAGCGUGCGCAGCUAAUGACGACUGUGCUGAUACAACUACCACGUUUUGUGAUACAUUAGCAGCAGAAAGUCAAUGUAGAAAAAAGGUUGGACAAACGUGUACAACUGAAAGUGAUUGUCCUUACAACGGAGAUUGUCAUUCAUCCAUUUGCGCAUGUAAAUCCGGUUUUGAACAGAAGGGAGAUUUCUGCAAUGGUAGGAUCAUCUCACAAUGGGUUGAAAGUGUCGUUGCCUCUUCCUCGGAAUUCAUGUUGUGGCGUGCAAGUCGGAUAGUCGGAGAACCAGAUGGAAGUGUUUGGAGCUUUUGGAUUUCAUCUUAUUGGAACAACUCUAAGUUUAUUGAGGUAGGAUUCUUGAACACUGUAAGAGUGACUACAGUUGAAAUCUACGGAAUUUACCAGACAGUUGGAAUAGAGAUCAAAUGCCUUCAAGAUGAGGCGUAUAUACGCCUAUACGUUGGCAAAGUUACCCCUCCAGAGAGAGGGGUAUUCGCACCAACCUUGGAAAGGUCUUGUUUGUCCAACCAAUUACGGAUCGAGGUGUUUACAGGUGUGCAAUUGUCUGGAAAUUGGAUGGCAAUCGAUGCAAUACGACUUAACGGGACUUUAGUUUGAUUCGGUUGAACAAUAUUUUACUUUAUAACAAACUCAACCCUUUUUACAAUCGUAUAAUUUAGAAAUUAUUGCAAUUUUUAACUAUUUUACAAGAGGUUUAUGUGUGUUGAAAUAUAAACAAAAUAUCUUUAUUUAAAUUAAAUAUAUACUUUUUAGACUAUUUUUGAAAUAAUCAAUAAAAUGUACAUCUCGGAAAUUAGAAACAAUACAUCAUGUGAGUAACAAUAUACUUAUAUUUGUAUGGAGAAAAACAUAUUCUUCAUCGAAUGUUUAUAUACAAAAUACAUGGAUUGAUUUCGUAAAAUAUAUCCCUUCAUCAAGUAUUCAAUUAAACACACAAUACAACCGUUUCAUUGUAUAUUUUUCUCUCUAUUUGAUUGUCAUGUGAUAAAGUGAUUGUAUUUAAAUAUUAUCAUUCUUCUAUUGUAAAAUGCAAUCAAUACUUAAGUAAAUCAUUAAAGAUACAAGACAGAAUAUCAAACAAGCUCAAUUUAAUACAAUUUGAAAUCGAAAGUGUGAAUGAAUUCCCUGUUAAAAUUAAUGUUAUGCGUCAAAUAAAUCACAACCAAUUGUCGCUUUACUAUGCAAUUAAAUAAUACUGAGAGCGCAUUUUUGCCAAUUUAAGAAUGUACCUGUAAUUAUUGAACAUUUAUUGUAUGUUUUUAAUUUAAACACUUCAUUUAAUUCAUAGGUCAAUUCUUAAAAUACGAUAUUCAUAUUAGAAUGCACGGAAUGAAGGACUGUGUUUUUGUCCUAAAGGACAGUGCUAUAUAGCCCACAUUGAGUUGAAAAAAUAUAUAGAACCAUGCCAAGUCGCUGCAUUGCGGCCAUCACAGCCAUAAGGCCUUUAUUUCUUAUUUAACUUAACAGGUUUCGAUUUUACUUACAUCCCUCUUAACUUCUAUUAACUUACAUGUGAAAAAAAUAUAGUAGCAAAGUCGAUGAGACCUUUGGAAUUAAUCCCUUUUGGUCCAUCAAUAAUUCUUUAAAUGAAGUUAAUGAUAUUGAAAGUACACGAUAUAAGGUCUCAGUGCUUUGCUACUAUAUUUUUCAGUGAUUAAUACUUAUGACUUUUCAACGCUUUAUACAUCUACUCCACAGUAUUUAGUUACAAACAAAUUGAUUCCUCUUAUCGAAAAACCUUUUGCUAGGGAGAAAACUACUUGUAUGGCAGAUAAUAAUAAAAUAUCGUUUUUUAUACCAACGAUCGCUCAGAUAAAUAUAUCUAUUGCCAUGCACAGAUUUCUUUUGUACUGAAUAAUUCUUUUCUAAAAUUCGGUAAAUGUUUAUAAAAGCAAAAAAUAGGCAUUCCAAUGUGUGCUUACUAUGCACCUGUACAUGCAGACCUCUUUUUAUACUGCUAUUAAUGUGAAUUUGUGUUGAAAACAUCUAAGUCUGGAGACUUGCCCUUAUUGAUAAAUUCAGUAACACUUCUAGAUAUAUUGACGAUAUUCUGGCUAAUCAGGUAUUUACAGAUAAAAUUAACUCGAUAUACCCUUCAAAAUUGCAACUUAAUAAAUCUAAUACAUCCAGUCUAAAAGCAUCCUAUUUAGAUAGAUCUACAACUGGAUUAAUUAAUAAUUAAUUACCCUUCUUUAGAUGAAGAUGUUCCUAGUUCUCUAUCAUAAAUAAGUAUAGUGUUUUUAUUGCACAGUUGAUAAGAUUCGCUAGAAUAUGCACAGGUGUCAAAGAUUUCUCGCAGAAAUUAAAUUAUUAAAAUUCGGUAAAUGUUUAUAUAAGCAUACAAUAGGCAUUCCAAUGUGUGCUUACUAUGCAUCUUUACUUGCAGACCUCUUUUUAUACCGCUAUGAAAGUGAAUUUAUGUUAAGUUUAUGCAUACUUUGAUAAGUUUUACCUUACGUUUAUAUCUUAUUUGGGAUUGUUGGGUAAAGUGAGGUUGUGAACACACACUGGUUUAAACCCCCAGUAAAUUUACAUUUUACUGACCGUUCCACGGCGGUACCUAAAAAUCCUUGAUAAGCAGACCUAGUUUUUUAUAAAGUAUAUAUAUAUACUGUGUUGUUUGUGGAGUUGUGUGCUGUUGUUCCAUGUUUCUGAUUUGUGAUUGUUUGUUUUGUGUUCUAUGUCCUUGGAGUUUACCCUGUGCCAUUUAACGGGGUUUAUGUUUAAACGUUCGGCUACUGCGCAUGUUUCUGUAGCUUUUCAUGUUAAUAUUGUUAUACAUAUAAUGAAAAAUGUUCCUUUUUGUUCCGAAGGCAGAUAAACUUAUGUUGCGAUUAUUAUUUUUUGGAAUUGCCUUUAUCAGCCUCGAUUACUUUUUGAUAGCUCAUUGAUUCCUCUUUCGACUUGUUCAUAUUACUUUGAAAUUCAAUAAAAUAGAUGUGCAACCUCU